UUUCCCUUCUGUUUCUAUAUAUACAUACAUUCGAAUCAUAUAUAGAUAUAUAUUUAUAUAUACAUAUCGAUAGAUUCCAUCAGUUGUUCGGCCAUUGAUGCAUCAUCGCCUUUAAAUAUUAUUUUUGAUUUCAACAGCGCUUUCACUUUUUGCUUCGACUAGACUUUGUUGAACGCCGACCAUUCCUACUUUAAUAUUACCACAGCAUAUCGAUACAAUGACAGGCUUUCGCGCCGUACAGCGCCAGCCGCAGGCCAUGUAUCACUCAAAUGAAGACUAUCUGCACGCCUAUAAUGCUACAAGGGAUCGCGAGACUUCUCAAAGCGCAGCAGCAGCAGCUAUUGCAGCCGCAACUCAGUUCCAUCUCCAACAAGGCCAGCAAGGCCAUCAGUUCGAAGGCCAAUACUCCCAGACUAUCCGUAGAAGAAUACAGCCAACUCAUAUAGGUUCUAGGAUACCUCAACCGAGUGUUUCUUCUCCUAGUUUGUCCUCAGGUAUAGCUGCUCUUUCAUCCUCUACAUACCCAGCUGAGCAUAACACUAGUAUGAGAGCUCCUUCACCGAGUGGUACCAGUCCCUCUACUCCACCAAUGUACCGUAGUGGCCGCGCAUCCAUACCAAACGCCCAGUAUGUAAUGCAACAACAGUCCGCACAACGACCAACGCUACACCAACAACCACCCAGGGAUUUUGCAAAUGCUUAUCCUAUGAAGCCAGUGUACCAGCUAUCCUGCAAACAUUGUUGCAACGUCAUUUGUGCUCGAGGUAUGAAGGCGAUUUUGCUGGCUGACACAAGAAUCGAAUUGUACAGUACGGAUACACCUCCGCGAGGUAGUAUUCAACUAAUGGAUAAAGACUAUUUAACGCGGACCUGCCGUUGUCGCAUUAGGGACAUCGCUUGUCUCGGAUGUGGGAAUAUAGCUGGUUAUCACGUAGUGAGCCCUUGUUUCCAGUGUCUAGAAGCCUGCAACAAUGGGCAUUUCUGGAUGUUCCAUUCCGAAUUUUGUCAACCAUCCGAAAGAACAGAUCAUUCAGGGAACAACACAUUGCUUUGGUCAAGUUUACCCCGAGCUGAAAUGGAUGUGGAUUUUUUCUUUGGUAAUACUAUUCGACACGAAACCAUGUGCCGUUAACCCGUAUGGAAUUGGGUACGCUGUGCAAAUCGUUGACGAUAUCAGCUUGGCCAAACUGAAUGGAACAGUGGACACAAACAAAGAUGACGAUCCGAAAACAAAAAGAAAUAGACAUUAAAAAAAAACACAAUUGUACCAAUUGUUUGUAUCAACAACCCUUGUCAUCAUUAUUCUUGCUUUUAACAAGCUUCUCCCUAAUUUUUGUUAUUGCUCUUGAACGCAAAAUUGUAACAUCUAAUCUAACCCCUUCUUAUUAUCUAGACACUUAUGAUUUCUUUGUUUUUUUCAUCCUUCGAACCGGCUGGCCAGAAAUACCUUUGCUUUUAUCAACCC